AUGGCCAAGUUCGCCAUUACGAUCAAGAGCUCGACAAUCGUGAAACCGUCGGCCCAAACCUGGACGGGCCGAAUGUCCCUCUCCGAGCUGGACAUGACCGGAGCCAUAAGCCACGUGGACACCCUCUACUUCUACGCCAAGCCCACCGUCCCACAAAACGACGCCGUCCUCGUGGACCGCCUCCGCCACGCCUUGAGCCAGACGCUGGUCCCGUUCUACCCGCUGGCUGGCCGGCUCGACCCCAUAGGAGGCGGCCGGCUGGAGCUGGACUGCAACGCCAUGGGAGUCGAGUUCAUCGUGGCGGAAGCCGAAACGGCGUCGUUGGAAGGGUUAGGGGUUGGCGAUUUGGCGCGUAGCAGCGGGACCAAGUUCCAGCCCUUGGUUCCCGAGGUGAACUACGCGCUUCCGAUGAAGGAGUGGCCGCUGCUGCUUGUCCAGCUCACCAAGUUCGGUUGCGGCGGGAUGUGUCUUUGUUUCAACAUGUCACAUAUUCCUGCGGAUGGGCUCAGUGGGCUUCAUUUUUUGAACGAGUGGGCCCGCGUGGCCCGUGGGGAAGGGAUAGGUACGAUGCCGUUUCAUGACCGGAAGGUUUUGAGAGCUGGGGAGCCGCCGCUUGGGAGGCAGCCGAGCUUCGAUCCGGCGGAGUUCCAGCGCCCGCCGGUGAUGCUUCCUAACGUAGGUUGCACCGAUGACAAUGGUAACGGAGCCGGAGGCCCGUCCGACGAGAUCACGGUGGCGAGACUGAAGCUAAGCAAAACGAAACUACUGCUCUUGAAGGAAAUGGCGAACAAAGGAAACCCUAAUCGACCGUACUCCACCUACGAAACCCUAACCGCACACACAUGGAGGUGUGCUUGCAAAGCAAGAAAACUCAAACCCAACCAACCCACCGCCGUUGGCGUCUACGUGGACGUGCGCCGACGUUUGAACCCGCCGUUGCCCGAUGCCUACUUGGGCGACGCCGUUUUCGGGGUAAAGGCGAUAAGCCUCUCCGGCGACCUCGUGAACAAGCCGCUAGGAUACGCGGCGGAGACGAUAAGGGAGGCGGUGGAGAAGGUGGACGGCGAGUUCUUGAGCUCUGCCGUUGAGUACUUGAAGCACCAGCCGGACUUGACCAAGUUCCAGGACUCCCAUGAAGUUGACGGCGUUAGGGAUGACGGUGAGCAUCACGAGGAGCCGUUUUACGGGAUGCCGAAUCUGGUGGUGAGUAGCUGGCUGAGGCUGCCGUUGCUUGGGCUGGAUUUCGGGUUCGGGAAGGAGGUUUAUAUGGACACGACGUUUGAUUUCGACGGCGACGCUACUCUGUCACACAGUCAGGAUGGAGAUGGGUCGGUUGUGCUCGCGAUCUGUUUCAGAUCGGACCAUGUGGACGAGUUUGAGCGGUUGUUUUAUGAUGACAUAAUCGUCUGA